UCACAGCAAAGCGUCCGUCUGUCUCUCUCACGGUACUGACACUCCUAGAGCGAGAAACAGUCACCAGAGCCACAAUCAGAUUUAAAUCACAGUAUCUUUAGAGAGAGACACAUACAAAAACACUCUCCCUCUCUCUCUCUUCUCUCUUUCUCUAUCUGUGACCGUUUUCAUACUCACAAGCACUGUCGUUGCAUCUAAGUAAAUCUACAUCUCUAUCAUUUUAUAUAUACAUCGGAUUCGAAACCCUAGCUUUGGGAUCCUGAGAACGAGGUGCAUUUUGAUGUGAGAUACGUAGGUAGUGUCGAAUCGAUCAGAUCAGCUAUGGUGGAGGUGUACGAAGGAGGAACAGUGGCUCCUGAGAUGGCGCCGCGGGAGGAGAGCAAUGGCAGUGCCGAGCCGACGCACGCUCCGACUCCACCGGCGCCGCUGACGGUGUCAGGAUCGUUCAAGGAUGGCAAGAGCUCGUCGCGGAGGAGGGCGUCGGUGAGGCCCAGCCUGGACGCGGACGAGUUCUUUAACCUGCUUCACGGGUCGGAUCCGGUCAAGGUCGAGCUCAAUCGGCUUGAGAACGAAGUCCGAGACAAGGACCGGGAGUUGGGAGAGGCCCAGGCGGAGAUCAAGGCCUUGAGGUUAUCUGAACGACUUAGAGAAAAGGCCGUCGAAGAGCUCACUGAAGAACUGUCAAAGGUUGAGGAGAAGCUGAAGUUAACAGAAUCUCUUCUAGAAAGCCGAAAUCUUGAAAUUAAGAAAAUCAACGACGAGAAGAAGGCUUCCAUGGCUGCUCAGUUUGCUGCUGAAGCCACUCUUCGAAGGGUUCAUGCUGCUCAAAAAGAUGACGAUAUGCCUCCAAUUGAAGCCAUUCUUGCCCCUCUGGAGGCUGAGCUCAAGAUUGCUAAACAGGAGAUUGCAAAACUUCAAGAUGAUAACAAAGCAUUAGACCGUCUUACAAAAUCAAAAGAAGCAGCUUUAAUUGAAGCUGAGAGGACAGUUCAGGUUGCCCUGGCAAAGGCCUCUUUGGUGGAUGAUCUCCAAAAUAAAAACCAGGAACUAAUGAAGCAGAUAGAAAUAUGCCAGGAAGAAAAUAAAAUCUUGGACAAAAUGCAUAGACAGAAGGUUGCAGAGGUUGAAAAGCUUACUCAAACUGUUCGGGAGUUGGAAGAGGCUGUUCUUGCCGGUGGUGCGGCUGCAAAUGCUGUGAGGGAUUAUCAGAGAAAAGUUCAGGAGAUGAAUGAGGAAAGGAAAACACUUGACCGGGAGCUGGCCCGUGCAAAGGUUACUGCUAAUAGAGUGGCUGUAGUGGUUGCAAAUGAGUGGAAGGAUGCUAAUGACAAAGUGAUGCCUGUGAAGCAAUGGCUUGAAGAACGAAGAUUCUUGCAGGGAGAAAUGCAGCAUCUACGGGACAAGCUUGCUGUAACUGAGAGAACUGCAAAGUCUGAAGCACAGUUGAAAGAGAAAUAUCAUUUACGACUAAAAGUGCUAGAGGAGAGUUUGAGAGGAUCUUCUAAUAGUAAUCCUCGGAGUACAUCGGAGGGACGAAGCAUAACCAGUGGGUCUUCUCGUCGACAAUCCCUGGGUGGAGCUGAUAACAUCUCAAGAUUAACCUCCAAUGGCUAUUUAUCAAAGAGAACACCAGCCUCUCAGUUUAAAUCCUCUUCUUUGUCCUCUAGCAGCAGUGCAGUAUUGAAGCAUGCUAAAGGCACUUCAAAAUCAUUUGAUGGGGGCUCAAGGUCUUUGGAAAGGAGUAAGAUUAUUUUAAAUGGAACAAACCCCAGCCAUUCAUUCAACCAAUCUUGUGAGGGAACAAAGGAUGGUGAGGCAAAUAGUAACUGGAAAGAAGGUUUGGAUGAGAAGCCAAAUGAGUUCCAGAUGGUGGAUACAGAGGAUAGUGUCCCAGGGGUUUUGUAUGAUUUACUGCAAAAAGAGGUCAUAAUUUUGAGGAAAGCUGGCCAUGAGAAAGAUCAAAGCCUGAAAGACAAGGAUGAUGCUAUUGAGAUGUUAGCUAAGAAGGUAGAGACAUUGACCAAGGCAAUGGAAGUCGAAGCAAAGAAGAUGAGAAGAGAAGUAGCUACCAUGGAAAAGGAGGUAGCUGCCAUGCGAGUAGAAAAAGAACAUGAGAAUCGGGCAAAGAGGUUUGGUAAUGCAAAGGGCCCUGUCACCAGUGCUCAGCUGCUUUCUGCAAGAAACGUGACACGAGGGGGGUUGACACGCAGUACCCAAUGACAAGGAAUCCUUAUUGCAUUCCUGCAGUAAAUCCGGAUAGGCCUUGCUCUUUUUUAUUUUCUUUCUUUUUAUUUGUAUUUCUAAAUUUCCCCUUCUUUCGUGAUCGACUAUAUGUAACCGGCAUGCUGACGGUCAGACACGUCUCUACAUUCACUGAAAGUUGGCGAAGAGAAGAAAAUCCGAGUGACGAGAAUGUGAUGAAGAAAUCAGUGUGCUGCUGACAUAGAUUGUAAUUCCUCUGCUUAGGGAUUGGUAAAAAGAGAAAACAAAUGGGAGAUAAUUGACUUUGGGCUAACAUUUUGUCAGGUUUUCUUUGUCUGAGUGUCCAGUCUGGUGAUUGUAUAGGUAGUGUAUUGUAUUUUUUUUUUUUUUUUUCUCUCUUUUUCAGUCUAUAUUUGUAUUCGGUGCCUAGUGUGAUUGUUCUUGGGUUCAGCUUUGUUAAUAUUUUGGUAAUCAGAUCAAGAUCCUCAGAUCUUCUAUGGUUGUGUUA